AUGGAUAGAAAACUGAUAGAUGCGGCAAGUGGCGGAGCAUUGUUCGACAAAACCCCCACCGAGGCGCGUAAACUAAUCUCAAUUAUGGCGUCCAACACUCAGCAAUUUGGAGUUAGGCACGAUGAUCCACCUAGGAAAAGCAACGAGCAACAGACCCAGGCGAGCAUUGAAAAUCUAGAAUCUCAAAUCAGUCAGCUGGCAUCGUCUGUUGGUAAGCUAGAGUCCCAAGGUAAGCUACCUUCUCAAUCUGUCAUUAACCCUAGACAAAAUGUUAGUGCUAUUACGCUUCGUAGUGGAAAAGAAUUGCAGGAACAUGUGAACGAAGAUGACACCAUACGUGGGCACGGUGUCAAAAGAAAGUUGGAAAAGGAAAUUGAGGUCCAACAAGAACAAGCCAAACCCGAAGCGAACCAUCCAAAGCCUUUGGUAACUAGACCUCCCUUCCCUGAAAGAUUCAAUAAGGUAAAGAAAGAAGAGGAAGAAAAAGAAAUCCUUGAAACGUUCCGCAAAGUAGAGGUAAACAUCCCGCUGCUCGAUGCCAUCAAGCAAAUACCCCGAUAUGCGAAAUUUUUCAAAGAAUUGUGCACUAGCAAGGGUAAACUCAAGGGAAACGAACGGGUAAGUAUGGGGGAGAACGUCUCCGCAAUUCUCCAACGAAAAUUACCCCCAAAAUGCAAUGAUCCAGGUACGUUUUCUAUCCCUUGCAAAAUUGGAAAAAUUGGAAUAGAAAAAGCGAUGUGUGAUUUAGGUGCCUCUAUCAAUAUUAUGCCUCUUACUACAUAUGAAUCUUUGAAUGUUGGCCCAUUGAAAGAAAUGGGGGUCAUUCUUCAACUUGCCGAUCGUUCUGUAGUUUACCCCGAAAGAGUUCUUGAGGAUGUACUUGUGCAAGUUAAUGAAUUGGUUUUUCCUGCUUAUUUUUAUGUGCUUGAUAUGAGGGGGGAUAUUCCUCCCAAUUCUACAUCCAUCUUACUAGGAAGACCAUUCCUUAAAACCUCAAAAACCAAAAUUGAUGUAGAUGUCGGAAUUCUUUCUAUGGAAUUUGAUAAUGAGGUUAUGAGUUUUAAAAUUGAUGGUGCCAUGAGAUAUUCUAAUGAUGUGCAUUCUAUUUUUCUCAUUGAUUCUAUUGAUCCUUUAUUGCAAAAAAAAUGCUAUGUUCAAUGGUAG